CUCUCUCUCUCUCUGCAGUCUCCCUCCUGUGCUCAUUUCCAAUGCAUUGCUUACAGUGCAGUGUGGCUCUCCAAUUCACACAGUAAUCUCUGCUUGUAUGGCUAUGUAUUUAUGCUGGUGCAAUGCCCAGCGUUCUGUUGUUGCAGGAAUGCUCUUCCUGUGAGAGCAGCCUCCCUCGCCUCUCUUUCUGAUGCUGUUGCCUUAGCAAGCUGCCGAGCUGACUCAGGUUGACUGGAUGGAGGCUCAAGGAGGGGCGGGUACCCCAGAACUGAACAAAGAAGCUCUAAACCUACUGAAACCUUCUGGCUCGGGUGACCUGAAAACAGACGUAUCCCACAUUCCUUUAGGAGAAGAGGAGGACGGGAUCCACUUUCCCAACUCUGGGCUAUUGCAGGUGGCAGAAAGAAGGCAGCCCCUGAGCAGCGUGUCCUCCCUGGAGGUGCACUUUGAUCUGCUGGACCUCACCGAGCUCACAGACAUGUCCGAUCAGGAGCUGGCUGAAGUGUUUGCCGACUCUGAUGAGGAAAACCAAAACGAAUCUCCAGCAACUCUGCACCAGCCCCCCCUCCCUCGCGGAGGAUACCUGCGCUCGCCCUCGUGGACCAGAACCAAAGGAGAGCACAGGCGGGACAGGAAGAGCAACCCCAGCGAAUCUGAGCUGCCCCUGGAUACCGACAGGCCCAAGAAGCCUUGAGCCACAGACACACUCCCCUGCCUGACACCAAUACCAAGCGACUAAAUCUGUGGUGAUAAAGAGAAAUCUAAAGUAGGCAAUUUAUGAGUAAAUACAGCACUGUUUGGUUUUAUUUAAAAAGCCUGUGGGAGGGGAUGAGUGGAUGCAUGUUUUGCGUUAUUGCACAUUAGGUAUUGACAGAAAUCCAACUAAAAUAAACAUGAGUGGAUAUAGAAAUCCAAUCACAAGUGGAGGUUUACAGAGUCAAGAUCAUCCUCUCUUGUAAAAACAUUAUAGAGUUGAAAGCAACCCUUAGCUACAUUAUUUAAGCACUUUUGGAGACAUUGUUACAUUUCCAGGUACUGCGUUGAUGACUGUGGUCUCAUCAAUGGCAAAUGAUCCAUUACACUCAUUCACUGUAACAUAUUCUUAAAACCAAAAGCAUAUAUGUAUUGCUUUGAAAAUACUCAUAUCAUCUAAUAUCCAAAAUGGUAUCCUAUGACCUGGGGGCUUCAAUAGAAUGAAACUGGAAUGCCACUUCCAUUUAUUUUCUUUGCUAUUAGUUGUGUGUUUGUACUGAGACACAACCAGUCUGGUUUUAGUAAAUAUUUACAAGGUGAUUCAUAGUUUGUGCAACACUGCCGAAGCAUCGCAAGAGUUGGAGGUCAAAGGAGAUGAUGUGUGCAGAAAAAAAGGUCUGCGGAGGAGACACUCUGUAAUGCAACCAUUUGGCCACCAGAUGGUUGUUCAGACAUGUCAACAAUGAACUGCAAUUGAAGACAAUGCAAAGCAACAAUGUUGUGCCAAUCUCCCUGUACAGUAGCUGCCAAUGGGAUCAUCGGUUAAUGUCAAUGUUUCACCAAUAAAACAUUAAACACUG